AUGACACUGGAGGUUGACCAAGCAGAUUUGCCUAUGCUCAUCAACUUUUCCGAAAGCUUCCUCACAGCUUUCUUCCUCCAAGAGUGGCUCAGCCGCGUCACAAUUUAUGGACUGCCGUGGUUCCGGUCCAUGGAGAACCUACUGGACACAUUCAUUGUCUGGGUGCCUGGCGUGCUCACGGUAUGGUUCUUGCAGCCAAUUUUCGCAGAUUCGUCCGACUUCCUGAAGACGAUUCGAAUCGUGCGCAUGCUUCGCUUACUGCGAUUAGUUAAAGUCUUCCGGAGCGUGCCAAUGAUGCAAGAUCUCUGGCAGCUAGUUCGAGGGCUUCUGAAAAGUGGGGGCACUUUGGCAUCCGCCAUGGUUCUGAUCGUUUUCACUUUGUUUGUUUUUGGCAUUGCUGCUGUGGACUUGAUCGCCAGAGCCGAUUACAGCGACGCCGAGGAAGAUUCGAAGGUUGCCCAGUCGCGCUUCUUCGGCCUUUGGUUGGCCAUGCUGACGCUAACCAGGUUUAUGCACGGUGAUGACGCGCAAGGCAUCAUGGAUGAGCUGACCUUGCAGCAGCCGUACAUAUGGAUAUUUCUCUGGACGUUUGCAGCUUGUGCAUCUUUCGUGCUGCUGAACCUGGUCACCGCCAUCAUCUGCAAUGAGGCCUUUGAGACAUCAAAGGCAGAUGAAGCAGAUCUUGCCAGGCAGCUGAAGCUGCAGAAAGAACAGGAGAUGCGCGAGUUCAAGGACAUGUUCGUGGAGCUCGACGAGGAUGGCAGUGGGCAGGUCACGUUGGAUGAAUUCCAGAACGCCUUCACCAUAGAGACUGUGCGUAACAAGCUCAUCGUCAUGGGACUUUCCGAAGAUGCUUUACUGCAACUUUUCACUCUCCUGGACACCGAUGGUGAGGGCGAGCUGAGCCUGGAUGAAUUUAUGGGCGGUAUGCAGUCCCUCUCCGGCCUUGCAACUGCCAAAGACAUGGUCAUAUUGACGAAGGGCCUGGAGCGAAUAGACAAGCAAGUUAGCUUGUUGUUUCAGGGCUCCCUAUCGAGCGGCUUGCCGACUAGAGAGAUUCUCCAGGGUCAAAUGACCCAGGUCCGUGUAAAAAUCGACGAUCGCUUUCGAAAAACGGAGGCAUCCCUGAAGGACUUGACCCAGCAGCUGCAGCGCAUAAACGGAAUCCAGGUACCCGCGAAGAAAGCAAAAGUUAAAGCAAAGAAGAAGGUUGUGAAAAUGCCGAAGGCAUCCAUAAUUAGUUCGUCAUCAGGUGAAUGA